GAUUCCGGGGGACCUGUGUUCCCGCAACACCAGCUCGACUUUUUUCCUUCCGUCCUCCAUUACUUUCUCCCCUGCAAUGGCGUCUAGGCUGGUGAGUCUGCUCCAGCAGGGGCCUCACUGCCUCCUGGCUCCGGCAGUCCCCCUGCUCGUCCCGCCGGUUCGAGGAGUGAAGAAGGGAUUUCGCGCCGCCUUCCGCUUCCAGAAGGAGUUGGAGCGGUGGCGCCUGCUGCGGUGCCCGCCGCCGCCCGUGCGCCGUUCAGAGAAGCCCAACUGGGAUUACCAUGCUGAAAUACAAGCCUUUGGACCUCGGUUACAAGAAACCUUUUCCUUAGAUCUUCUUAAAACUGCAUUUGUUAAUGACUGCUAUAUUAAAAGUGAGGAAGCCAAACGCCAACAACUUGGGAUAGAGAAAGAAGCUGUUCUUCUGAAUCUUAAACGUAAUGAAGAACUGUCUGAACAAGGGAAAUCUUUUUCUCAAACUUGCCUCACGAAAUUUCUUGAAGAUGAGUACCCCAACUUGCCCACUGAAGGCAUCAAAGGUCUUGUUGACUUUCUCACUGGUGAGGAAAUUAUUUGUCAUGUUGCUAGAAACUUGGCUGUGGAGCAGUUAACGUUGAGUGCCGAAUUCCCAGUUCCCUUGCCUGUAUUACAGCGUACUUUCUUUGCGGUAAUUGGAGCCCUCCUACAGAGCAGUGGACCUGAGAGGACUGCACUUUUCAUCAGGGACUUCUUAAUUACCCAAAUGACUGGAAAAGAGCUCUUUGAGAUGUGGAAGAUAAUAAAUCCCAUGGGACUAUUGUUAGAAGAAUUGAAGAAAAGGAAUAUUUCAGCUCCUGAACCUAGACUUACUAGGCAGUCUGGAAGUACCACACUUCUGCCUUUGUAUUUUGUUGGCUUAUACUGUGAUAAAAAGUUGAUAGCAGAAGGACCUGGGGAAACAAUAUUGGUUGCAGAAGAAGAAGCUGCUCGGGUGGCACUUAGAAAACUUUAUGGCUUCACAGAGAAUAGACGGCCCUGGGACUAUUCCAAACCUGAAGAGAACUUGAGAGCACAAAAGACCAUCACUGCCAGCUAGCCAAGUCAGAGAUAUGGCAACCCGAAAUUUGUGAGCAAAACAAUGAGACAAAUGUUAAAGGUGUUUCAAGUUAGGCAUUUUCAAAAUUGUAAAGAAAUACGUUUUAUUCUUCAUACUGUGUUCUAAAAUUAAAUAAAUAUUAAUCAAGUCAGAGUA